AAUAAUAAUAAUAAUAAUAAUAAUAUUAAUAAUAAUAAUAAUAAUGAUAAUAAUAAUAAUAAUCAUAAUAAUAACAAUAAUGAUACUACUACUACUACUACUACUACUAAUAUUAAUAAUAAUAAUAACAACAAUAAUUCUAAUGAUAAUAAUAACAAUAAUGAUAAUAAUAAUACUAAUCAUAAUAAUUACAAUAAUUAUAAUAAUUCUACUACUACUAAUAUUAAUAAUAAUAACAACAAUAAUGCUAAUAAUAAUAAUGAUAAUAAUAACAUUAAUGAUAAUAAUAAUACUAAUCAUAAUAAUAACAAUAAUGAUACUACUACUACUACUACUACUAUGAAUAAUAAUAUUAAUAAUAAUAAUAACAACAAUAAUAAUAAUAAUAAUAAUAAUAAUAAUAAUAAUAAUAAUAAUAAUAAUAAUAAUAACAAUAACAAUACUACUAAUGAUAAUAAUAUUAAUAAUAAUAAUGAUAAUAAUAAUACUAAUCAUACUAAUUACAAUAAUUAUAAUAAUUCUACUAAUAAUAAUAUUAAUAAUAAUAACAACAAUAAUUCUAAUGAUAAUAAUAAUAAUGAUAAUAAUAACAACAAUAAUUCUAAUGAUAAUAAUAACAACAAUAAUGAUAAUAAUAAUACUAAUCAUAAUAAUUACAAUAAUUAUAAUAAUUCUACUACUUCUACUACUAAUAUUAAUAAUAAUAACAACAACAAUAAUGCUAAUAAUAAUAAUGAUAAUAAUAACAAUAAUGAUAAUAAUAAUACUAAUCAUAAUAAUAACAACAAUGAUAGUACUACUACUACUACUAUGAAUAAUAAUAUUAAUAAUAAUAACAACAAUAAUGCUAAUAAUAAUAAUAAUAAUAAUAAUAAUGAUAAUUAUAACAAUAAUGAUAAUAUAAAUAAUAAUAAUAAUAAUAAUAAUAAUAAUAAUAAUAAUAAUAACAAUAACAAUACUACUAAUGAUAAUAAUAUUAAUAAUAAUAAUGAUAAUAAUAAUAAUCAUAAUAAUUACAAUAAUUAUAAUAAUUCUACUAAUAAUAAUAUUAAUAAUAAUAACAACAAUAAUUCUAAUGAUAAUAAUAAUAAUAAUGAUAAUAAUAACAAUAAUGAUAAUAAUAAUACUAAUCAUAAUAAUUACAAUAAUUAUAAUAAUUCUACUACUACUAAUAAUAAUAUUAAUAAUAAUAACAACAAUAAUGCUAAUAAUAAUAAUAACAAUAAUAAUAAUAUUAAUAAUAAUAACAACAACAAUAAUGCUAAUAAUAAUAAUAAUAAUAAUAAUAAUAAUAAUAAUAAUAACAAUAAUGAUUAUAAUAAUAAUAUUAAUACUAACAAUAACAAUACUACUACUACUACUACUACUACUAAUAAUAAUAAUAAUAAUAAUAAUAAUAAUAAUAAUAAUAAUAAUAUUAAUAAUAAUAAUGACAAUAAUAAUACUAAUUAUAAUAAUAACAAUAAUGAUAAUGAU